AUGGCGAGUGCUCUUCUCAGUAACAACAACAACAAUCCACAACAAUUAUUGGAAUUGAAAGAGGUCGUUUCUCAAUCUUUGACUUGUGCCGGAGUGAUCGGAAGGUACAAGGCUCAAUUGAGGGCAAGUGUCUAUGAUGUCUUGCAUGGAAGACCGAGAGGAGGAGAAGUGUAUUUCCAAAAUCAGAAAAUACAACAAAUUAAAAACAAUUCAGAAAAUCACUUAUUGUCACAAUUAAUAUUGGAAUAUUUCGAUUUCUAUGAUUUGAAAUUUACAAAAAGUGUGCUGUUACCAGAAGCCAAUUUGGAACAAGAAAAUAGAGAGAAUGUCUUGGAACAGUUGGAAAAUUCUUCAAAAAAUUGUGUCACAGAGUUGGGAAAUCAAGAACCCUUGUUGUUACAACUCUUUUCUCAAUGGUUGCACAGUAGUAGGAUGACUACUACCGAGACCAUCGUCUCUGAACCUGUACAACAACCUCAGCCACCAUUCGAAGAAAAAUCUCCAUCACCUCAACAACCAGCAACGAAUGUGUCAAAACCAAGCAAUAAUUUCGUAGCCGUAGAAAACAAAACUACUCUCAACCAAACCACACAACCAUUAACAACGACAAAAGAAUUUGUUGCCAACACCGUGUCACCUUCACUCUCUCUAGAUGACUCGUUUGAAGAGGAACAAUUAAGCUCCACAAUGAAAAAACGAACCAAGAAAUCAAAAGUCAAUAAUGCAUCACCCUCAUUAGAUGGAAGCAAGGAAAGUAGUCCCUCAGAAAGUUCGUUGUCAGACCUUCCAAGUCUUUCUCAAAAAUUGCCACCUCUAAAACCAUUGGUUGGAUUAAAGACUCGUGAUUCAUCACCUCCUCUUGGAAGUGGUGUGACAGGUGGAAAUAAUACCAACAUGUUGGGUUCCCUUUCGAAUAAUUCUUCAGCAGCAAUAACCAUCGAAAAGAAGCACUCUCCCAAAGAAUCCACAUUCCUUACCAGAGCAUUUGACGACUCGGAACUUGACAUUUCUGACAUUGAGCCAUCUCCCAAGAGUGAAAGAAGUAACCACAGUCAAUAUAGCAAUCAAAGUCCAAAGAGUAAUCAUAGUCAGCUCAGUACUCACAGUGUUCAUAGCACUCACAGUCAAAAGAGUAAUCACAGUAUUACUCAUAGUGAACAUUUGAGUGAAAAGAGUGUUCACAGUACGACUCAUAGUGUUCAUAGUCAUAAAAGUAACACGAGUGAAAAGAGUAAUAGAAGUGCUGGUGGUAGUGGUUCCACUGGAGAAAAAUCAAGCCAUCAUCAUCACGAUGACGAUCGGACAUUCCAAAUUUCGGAUCCUCAUCAAGACGACAAUGUGUACAAUUUUGAUGAAGACUUUGGAGAUAUUGAUGGAAAUUAUGCAGAAGAUGGUGAUGAAUUUGGAGAAGAGAAUUUUGAUGAUGUGGACCAUCACGAUGAAUUGCAUCAUCCCGUAGUGGAUCAUCAAAAUGAUGAGGAAGUUUCUGGAUUUUCUGGUUCUGAAUUUAAUGAUAAUUAUUCAGAUGAUUUUAAAGAUUAUGAAAGUAAUCCUAGCAAUCAAAGUAAUCAUUCUUUGAAUGACUUUAGUGACCAUACUGCCCAUUCCGAGAAUUUUGACGAUGUGGAAAAUGUAUUAGAAGAUUCAUUCUAG